AUGGAUUGGCUUCAGCUCCAUCCUCUCUAUCUUUAUCAAGGGGCUGCUUUCCCUUUGGCACUGCUCUUUAAUUAUCUCUGUUCCAUGGAUUCAUUUUCCACUCAUGCCAGAUACCUCUUUCUUCUGGCUGGAGGACACCUCCUGGCCUUGGCUGCCAUGGGAUCCUAUGCUGUGCUUGUCUUCAUCCCUGCUCUCUGCGCUGUGGUUCUGAUCCUCUCCCUCAGCCCACAGGAAGUCCACAGGCACACUUUCUUUUUCCAGAUGAGCUGGCAGACCCUAUGUCACUUGGGUCUGCACUACACGGAGUAUUACCUUCAAGAGCCUCCUUCCAUGAGGUUCUAUAUCACUCUUUCUUCCCUUAUGCUCUUGACGCAGAGGGUCACGUCCCUCUCUCUGGACAUUUGUGAGGGGAAAGUGAAGGCAGCAUCAAGAGGAAUCAAGAUCCAGAGCCUUUUGUCUGAGCAUCUGCGGGAGGCACUGCCCUAUUUCAGCUACUUGCUCUUUUUCCCUGCCCUCCUGGGAGGCCCUCUGUGUUCCUUCAAAAGAUUUCAGGCUUGUAUUCAAGGAUCUAGCUCUUUGUGCCCUGGGCAUUUUUUCUGGGCUCUGACCUGGAAGGCUUUGCAGAUUCUCGGGCUAGAGUGCCUAAAAGUGGGCCUGAGGUGGGUGGUCAGUACAGGAACAGGACUGGAGGAUUGCCAACAACUUGAGUGCAUCUAUGUCAUGUGGUCCACAGCCAGCCUCUUCAAACUCACCUACUACUCCCACUGGGUCCUGGAUGACUCCCUCCUCCAUGCAGCUGGCUUUGGGUCUGAGUUUCCUCAGAGCCCUGGUGAGGAAGGAUACGUCUCAGAUGCAGACAUUUGGACCCUGGAGACAACCCACAGGAUAUCUAUGUUCACGAGGAAGUGGAACCAAAGCACGGCUCACUGGCUCAGACGGUUAAUAUUCCAGCACAGAGAAGCCUGGCCACUGUUGCAGACAUUUGCCUUCUCUGCCUGGUGGCAUGGCCUCCACCCAGGACAGGUGUUUGGGUUCUUCUGCUGGGCCGUGAUGGUGGAAGCGGACUACCUGAUUCACACCUUUGCCAAUCGGUUUAUCAGAUCCUGGCCCGUGAGUCUGAUCUAUAGAACUUUCGCCUGGGCCCACACUCAGCUCAUAAUUGCCUACAUCAUGCUGGCUGUGGAGGCACGGAGCCUCUCUUCUCUGUGGUUGCUGUGUAAUUCUUACAAUAGUGUCUUUCCCAUGGUGUACUGUAUUUUGCUUUUUCUAUUAGCAAAGAGAAAGCACAAAUUUAACUGA